AUGGCCUCGGCGAAAGACAAACACUACUGGAAACAGCUCUGGGAGACUCUCACCGCUGGAAGAUGGGACCAUCCUUCACCAGCACGGACGCCCGGCGGCGCACCGUUGUCCUGGUCAGAGCUUCUCCGCAAGUUUAACAAGCACUGCGUAGGAAACGCGCACAUCGCUGAACUCGCUUCUCAAUCCCAAGCCCUAUCUCUUCUACUCUCCGCAGAUGCGAGUGACCGUAGCUUGGACGGGAACGACAUCAGCAAGCAGGGCUCGCUUUUACUCGGUCAAGAAUGUAUGCUGCCGGAGGAGCGAGUGGAGGAGGCUGCUGCCGGAUAUAACGCUCUUUUGAGUAUUGCAUCGAAUUCUGACUCCAUACGACUCGCGGUGGCAUACUAUGCGUACGCCCUGAGACGCCCAUCCGAGUGCUUGUCAAUAUUGGCCGAGGUGAAGUCACUCAAGGACGUGCAGACUCGUAGUCCUGAAGCUGGGGCUUCAAAAUCGACACUGCUUGCUCCUAGCGGCACCACAAGCACUGUGUCGACACUGACAGGGAGCAAUGUCUCUUCUAUAUCCGUUACGUCUGUUGCUGAGAUUGGCGACGGUACUACAUGGUCUGUUACCGAGAAGAUCCGGAGCAUUUCAGGAAUGUCAACCGAGAGGAUAUCCCCGGAGGAUCCACAGACGUCAUUCAAUACGUAUCUGGUCGCAUUGCCUCUGGUUGCGUGUGUUGCGUCCGACAUCCCCUUGUACGUGGCCACGCGGCUGAGCACACCAGCAGCGGGCGGCGUAGGCGCUUUGGAUUCUAGCACAUUUGGCCGGUAUCGCGAGCUAUGGCGGUGGGUCGAGCGACUCUUAAGGCGCGCGAUCAUUUUGGGCUCACGUCUGUGCGACGUGUGCGGGCAGGGCGAGGAGGACCGUGCGUUUUGGCGUCUGCUUGAUUGCUAUCACACCUGCAGCACACACUGGCCGCCGACAUUUAGGGCCGAGCACCGCUCGACUGUCGCGAUGUUGCACCUUCGCGCGUUUGUCCUUCGUGCGAAUGCAGGCUUAGCAGCGACGCCGCUUCCUACGACAAGAGAGGGCGGCGAAAAGUCGCGCAAGUGGGUCAGCGCGGCACGGUCUGUUGUCCAGGAGUACCGUGCGAUCCUGAGUGUGAGCACUCGAUUCCCAAGGGCGGGUGAGCGCAAUGUGCGGGUCGAGGACCUGGUGGAUCUCUGUGUGGCUAUAUGGGAGGCUGACGGCGCUGUUGGGGAAUACGCGGGAUGGGUUAUCGAUGUGCUUUGGUGGGCAACCCGUCUCACGUUCAACUCGCAUAAAAUCUUCCGCCACAUGACACGCCUUCUGUACGUAUCGGGUGACCCAGAGCUUGCAAAACGAACUCUACGCCUAUACGUCCAAAUAGUGAGUAAGGCACGGGAGACGAAGAUGGCAGAAGUACACACUGGCAACAUUCAAGAGGACGAGGACAUAGACACCGAUAGAAAUUGGGUUCACACGUUGAUUCAGGGUGCUAGAAUGCUCUGCCGCUUGAGUCUAGUUGAGAGCGAAAGUAGCCCAGCGAUCGCGAGCGCGAAGGAAGCGGGGGUCAUGAUUGACAAGGCGAAGACUCGACUGAAUCAGACCGAUAAGGAGCUAGUUGCUAAUGUACGGCUCGCAGAGGGUAUUUGGCAUUCCGUUACUGCCCAGGCAGAACAAGACCCUCAUACUCGGAUGUCCCGUUUUGCGGAUGCUCUCUCGUGCCUACUCGCUUCAGCAGAAACGUUUUCUACACCUUCCGUGCAGUAUCACCUCGCUCUUGCCUAUGCACGACCUGGUCCAUCUCUUGACUUACAGAAGUCAAUAGCCAGUGCACGUCUGGCAGUAGAAGGCGAGCCUGGUGAAAUCCGAUACUGGCACCUUCUCGGUCUUCUCCUCACUGCUACUGGGGACUGGAAAGCGGCUCGAGGAGUCUUGGAAGUUGGUGCCGGUGUAGGUGAAGCGGACGCAGCCGAUGACAGCACUGCGACACAGGUUAACACGCAGAUCAAUGGGACAAAUGGAGUACAUGCGCAUGAUUAUGCUGUUCCGAUGCCAAACGGCAAUGCGGCGCACGGUCACGCCGAGGAUGGUCCAUGCGAUGCACAGCCUGCUACUUCAGCUCGCACAAGCGUUCUGGACGUGAACGCUGUGUCCAUUCCGUCUUCUGCUACCUUGCUGCGGCCAACGCCGGACAGGCCGUGUCCAUCUCGACACGAAGCGUUUGAGCAUGCUCUGCAAUUGCGCAUGACGCAGCUUACGCUCACGGAGUAUGUUGAGGGACCGGAAGGAGCGAGCGACAGAUGGGUAGAGAUAUUCCAUUGGUUUUCUGAAAGGCGCGACAUUGGGGUCGAUGAUAAACGGUUGUCCAUCGAUAGCAGGGGAGACACGCGUGCACCAUCAAUAGCUCCUUCAGAGAAGCCUGAGGCGGCUCGUCCCAAUGAGAUGCAGCCGCCCAACAUUUAUUUAUCUAUGAACGCGGCAGUAGAUGAGAUGCCUACUCCUUCCACACCAAUACCUAUCAUGAUUACGCCCGCUUCUCCUGGCGUAAACUCCCCUGAAUAUGUCGACGGCGAAGAAACGUCGAAUGAAAAGCGAUCAUCCUCCUUCGAAGGAGAUCAUAAUCGGGACAUAUCUAGGGGAAAGAAAGUUAAGGAAGUGCUGAAGAGCCGUGUGCACAAGAGCCAAGCAGGGAUCACUCGGAUCUCGAAGAAGAUCGGUCACAAUGUCGGAAGACAUGGUGGAAUGAACCUGAAGCGUACGAAUUCCACUCCAGAUUUGCAUGCAGUGCUGGGGCAUUCACCAUACCAAGCAUCAUCGAUUCAUUUACGACAGCAUCUUAGUAUUUAUUCUUCGCAUCAAGACUUAUCACUUCUCGACGCACCCCCGCCUCCGCCUCCGCCACCACCGCCACCGUCACCACCAUCCCAAUCACCUGUAUCUACAAUGCGGAAGCAGAAUUAUAAGGCGGCAAAGGAUAGACGACUGUUGAGCAAUCUGUGGCUCAUGUCUGCAGCAACAUUCCGAAGGCUUGGCAAAAUCGAACAAGCGAAGGCCGCGAUACAGGAAGCAGAGGUCAAGGAUGAGGCUAACCCUGCGGUUUGGCUGGGCUUAUAUUACAUGGCCUUGAACGACGAGCGACGCGCACUCGAGGCGUUCAAGAAGGCGCUGUUCAUCUCCCCCGACGACGUAUCUGCCACUGUUCAUCUGUGCCGACUGUAUUUGAUAUCGUCGUCGAAAUCAGGGGAAGACAAAGCUGCGUGUUUGGAUCGAGACAGCGUAGACCUUGCGGUGGGGCUCUUGUCGGACCUGACGCGCGGUGCAGGCUGGGACGUGCCGGAGGCGUGGUACUUCCUUGCAAAACAAUACGGGCUGCAGGGUCGCAAGGAUAGAGAGCGCGAGUGUCUCAGCUUCGCGCUGACGUUGUCAGAAACGCGGAGUCUGAGAGACAUCGGCGUUGCGGUUGGCUGGUGUCUGUGA